AUGGGUUUCAUUAUCCAAUUAGCAAUGUUGUUCAUCGUUGGUAUUGUAGCAACAUCUGGAAUAAUCGUUGAGUUUCAAAACGGUCUGAAUUUUCCGAUUCAGUUAGUUGUGACACAAAACAACGUUGCACCUAUGCUGUUAGCCACUAUUCCAACAGGUGGUGCUCGUGCUUACCAACUUCCAAAAGGAUUUGCUGGAAAUUUUAAACAUGGUUGGGGUGGUAAAGGUGUAACUCUGUUCGAAAUAUCUGUUCAGACACAUGAUGCGAACACUUAUUAUGAUUUGAGCGCCAUUGAUGGUUUCAAUGUACCGAUGAAAGUUUACGCUCCUGAUGGAACAAGACUUGAAGCUUUACAUUCAAGUGCACCAGAUGCUUAUCUAUAUCCAACAGACGAUACGAAAACACAUGGUUUACGAGGUGAUGGAAGAUUUGUGGUUGUCUUUGAUUGGUGA